AGUCUUGGCAACACCGUACCGACAGUCUGCUGGCGACCCAACGAUUGUGCGGACAUAUGUUCUCGUACUAGUGCCACAUACGAACAAAAUACCGCGCUCCUAUAGUUUACCGUUAGCCAUGAUCCAAUGUGAUAUAACACACUCGUGAUAUUUGGAUUUACACUGAGAUUAUACAAUCAUCAACCUGGCACCCAUUAGUAAGAAACUCGGGUCCGGCUCUGCUAGCAAAAGCGGAGCCGGAUCUUUUGGCAAAAGUGGAGCUGGAGGUCUUGGGAAAAGCAGUUCCAGUGGAUUCGGCAAGACCUCUGGCAGCAAGAUUUCCAGUGGCAAAUCUUCCAGUUCAACACCAAAACUCCCAAGUGGACUGGGAUCAAGUUCUAGUGGAAAAACAUCAUCUUUCUUUGGAGCCAGUUCAUCCAAGAACUAUGGCGUAUCAUCGCUUAGUCCACCUAAGAGCAAUACUAGCAAAGCUGGCUUCGGCAUAAUAUGGAUCCCUACCAAGAAACAUAAUAAAAAGAAAGAUGUUGUUUACAGCGGUGUCAACGAUUCCUACCCUAAAAAGAAUUACGAAAGAUCGCCUACAAUGUACAGAAUUAUGUCUGGAGAUUCACCUGAUUACCAGCUGCACAAGAAAAAAGAAGGGGAGACUGAUUUGUUGAUGCCGGAGAGGACAAAAGCACCAAUUGCAAGCAUAGCUAGUGCUGGUACAGCAUUAGCUGCUACGGAUGUGCCAUCAGACAGUACUAUUACUGCAAAUGCUGAGGAGAAACAAGAAUUUAUUAGACAUGACAAGAAAGAAGAUAGCAAAGAAGCUGCAGGAGACACAAACAUUAAAGAGCCUAAAAGUGACAAGAGCGAAGAUUACCUUGAAGAUGACAAGCUGACAAAUAAAUCGGAAAAGAUUGAUAAUGAAACUGAGAAGUUUGUGGACAAGGUAGAUAGUGUGUAUCUACGACCACCGCCACCCCAUAAGGCCCGUUCAACUGCAUCUACGGUCGAGGAAGAAGACUGCGGCAUCAAGUGCCUCUACUACACCAUCCAGUGUUGUGAUUGUGUCCUCAUGUAAGGUACACCCACAUAUACCAUGUCUCAGUAUGCUCAUAUAGUUAUAGAACAUUAUCUCUAUGAAUAUUCCAUGAUUUUUUAUAAAUGAACUACUCAUAGUCAUACAUAAAGAAACUUGAAUAUUUGCUCACCCCACAAUAUGGUGUAGUCUGAAUAAAUUUUAUAUUUGGCUAAGAAUUAUACAUAUAUUUUUGCAACAAAAAGUAUUAAAUGCUCGUGUCUAAAUUGCUUUAUUUAGAACAUAAGAUUUUUGGCUUUACAAUGAAUUUAACUUUAUACUAUUAUGAUAAAAUUUGGGGUAAGAUUUUAUAUACUGUCUGAGACCAUCGUAGACUCAACAUGCCAUUAUUAUCAUAUAUUUUCGUAUUGUGCAAAAUAUUGCAUUCCACUAUGUUCCAAGUAUGUGAUAAGAAAUAUAUUUUUCUACAAUUAAUAUACAAAAAUUGUAAUAAUAUUAUUUAGGUACUAAAGAGAGUGAUACUUUUAGUAAUAUGACAAAAGCCUUGUCUUCUCUAUUACAUAGUACUCAUAGUAGCACAAAGACUGCAUUUUGAAUCACUCUACAUUGUUUUAAAUUAUUAUUGAUAGUGUAUUUAGAUAACAGGUCGUUGUAACAAUAAAAUAAAUACUCGAAGAUAAAUUUCCAAGUUAUGAUUAUCAAUAAAGUAAAUGAUUGUGUUUUUAAAUUGGAUAAAUGUUUUAAACAAAUUAUUGUCCUGCCCAGUUCUCUUGAUCUUAUAAAUUGUAAUCUGUAUUAGCUAGUGCAGCUUUUAUAAUUCUGUAGUUUUACUAUAAUUAAGUUGUAGUGUUAGUAACUUUUUAUAAUUCAUAAAAAGCCUUGUGCCAACGUCCUUCCAUAUCGAUGAUAAGUCUCUAUAGCAAGGAGUAUUGAUAUAAUUUAUUAUAAUCUUGUGGUAUUUAAGAUUUCUGUCUAUUUUAAUAUCUUGUAUAUCUUAUUAUUCCUAUGUGUAUCCAGUUUCAUACUGUACUGUAGUUUAGAUUUAGUAUUUGCUGUAGUGGUAUGUCUUUUCUUCCUCUUCUGGUCAAGCAAUACCAGUCAUUGUUAGACCACAAUGCCGCUAUUUUAAGUCUUUCUUAAUAUGAAUUUACCAAGAGUAAUGAAAAUCUUUAUAUUUUUGACGUUAUAUUUUGUCAACUGUUGCUAAAACUAAGGCAUUAAGACUUUCUGUAGGAGCCUAUACUUGGUAUAAUAAAUAGACUGUAGAUUUAUAAAACAUGUAUUUAUAAAAAGUGUACACAUUUGUACAACUAAUAAAAAAUAUCUCAAAA